CGUUAAAUUAAAUCAAUCCAGCUGAUUCAUAUCUAGAUCUAAUCAUAUAGUCGUGAUAUAGAUUAUAGAUGGAUUAGACUAUAGUACUCAAUAGUCACUAAUCGUCUAAUAUCUUUAGAUUAUCUAUAGACGAUCUAGUGUCUUAAUGAUAAUCUAGAUUCCACAGUUAAGAUCCUGUCUAUAGUCUAUAUUAAAUAUCCUAAGUCUAAGUACUUAGAGUGAGAACUUUUAAAUUUUACUUUAUCUAGAUCUAGCUAGUUAUAUUAGCCAGUACUGCACUAGAACUCUAAAAUUACUAGAAAGAUUCUAGACCUGUUCACCUAGAUGAUCAGAUGGAAGAUCUAGAAUUAGUAGAAUAGACUAAACUUCACCACACUGACUACAAGAGGGGGUCAGACCUAAAUAUUAUUGUUAUCAUGCCCUACAUAACAUCGAAAGGAGACAUCACAGAUUCUAAAUCACUAUGGAGGUUGGGAACCAUUACAGAAUUCAUUUGGGGAAUUAUUAAUUUCAUUGUACUUUUCUUCCAAACACUUGUAAAUCCAAAUAAGAAUGCUAAAGGAAAUAAAUAUUCCUCAGACUAUAGAAGGCCUGGGGGUGGAGGCGGUGGUGGUCCUUCAAGAAGAAUGGGUGGAUUUGGAGGUGGAGGAAAUGAUGGUCCAGGUCCACCACCAAUGGCUGGUGGAUGAGGCAGGUAAAAGGCACUAGUCCCUGUGAAAAAUGUGCAUCGUCUUGAAUGGAAAAGUUCUUGCUGAUGCUUUUUUUUUAUCAUGGUUGAUUCUAGUGCCUUAGUUUGUUAUGAGCAACUGCCAAAUUUAAAACUUGUUCAGAUUUAGUGCCAUAAAAAUGCAAAACACAAGUUUGUAUAAUUACAGUGUGUGUGAAUGUGUGUGUGUAUGUUUGUGAGCUAGUGUGAAAUGCUUUAUAUUCACCACCAAACAUAUUUGACAGUUGCUCAUAAGGUCCAUUGAUCAAGAUGUUUGUUGGUAGUCAACAUUUGAUGAAAAGUUGCCAUUCAUCUUCCAACGGGAGUGUGACAUCUUAGAUCUGCAUGCUUGGUCAAUGGUUUCAUUGGUUCAAACUGAUUUCUUUGUAACAAAUAUAAAUAUUUUCACCCAUGUGCAACUUGUUAAUAUCCAAUUUUAUUUUAAACAUAUAUUGAUACUAUUAAUUUAGUCUUUCACAGUAUAACAUGCACAGUGCUAAUUGUUUAGGUACCCGGUAUGUAUUGAAUCUAUUGACUGUUCAGAAUGUCUGGUGAGCCUUAAGUUUAUCUGUUUUAUUAAAGUUUUUUUUGGAAAACAAUCAUUGUUUCAUGCAAAUAUAUUUAUACCAAAUGUAUCUUGUUUGUUUACAUGAAUUGUUGAGUUACAUUUGAAGUAAUGUUUAUGAAUCACAUUUUACAUGAAUUAAGAUAGUGCUCACAUAAACAUAUUUAUGAUAAACUUUCAACUAAACAUCAAUAAACACUUUCAAUAAUUCAA